AUGGCUUCUACGUCAAGAAACAACUCAAUUAACAGAAAGAGGGAUAACCACAAGAGAAGCAAGAGCGUCGAAAGCUUUGCUAAUUUUGUACCUCCCCCUUAUUUAUUGAAUACUAGCGGCAGUUUCCAAAUGCCUACUCGUAUGCCGUCAAGAAAUGGUAGUCGUAAAAGUGGAGCUCCGAUCAUGUAUUCCAAUUCAUCAGGAAUGCUAAAACCACCACCAAUUGAGAAAACUCUCGAAUGCACCCUUGAAGAGUUGUGUUAUGGUUGCACGAAAAAGGUCAUGAUCACGAGAGAUGUCCUAACAGAUACCGGAAGUGUUGUUAAAGAGGAGGAACAAUUAACAAUAAAUGUAGAACCCGGAUGGAAGAAAGGAACAAAGAUAACAUUCGUAGGCAAAGGGAAUAUGAGGCCUAAUGCAUACCAAGAAGACAUAGUAUUUCAUGUAUCUGAGAAGGGACACCAACUUUUCAGAAGAGAAGGGGAUGAUUUGGCAUUAUGUUUAGAAAUUCCCUUAAUAAAAGCACUUACUGGGUGUACAAUAUCAGUUCCAUUGUUGGGUGGAGAUCAUAUGAAUUUGACGGUAGAUGAUGUUAUAUAUCCUGGCUAUCAGAAGAUUGUCACUGAUCAAGGUAUGUCAAUCUCUAGAGAAUCAGGGAAGAGAGGAGACUUAAGAAUUACAUUUCUUGUUGAGUUUCCAACACAUCUUACAGAUAAUCAAAGAUCUGAUGUUUUUGGUAUUUUACAGAAUUCUUGUUAA